UAAAGGCUACAAAUGCUUAAAGUCGCAUUCGUCGACGGGCAGUGUAAUUGCUUGGAGGUCUUCAAAUUUGUAUUCCAAUGACAAAAUUAAAGCAGUAUUCGCUCUUGAAUGAGAAGACGCGCUACCAGCUGCUGGCCACUGUCAUAGUCAACAUUAUAACAUUUGGCCAUGGCGUGGGCGUCGGCUGGCUGUCGCCCACCUUGAGCAAGAUCCAAACACCCGACACGCCGCUCGACUUUCAAGUGGACAUCGCAGAGAUUUCCUGGCUGGGCUCCAUGCUGGGCUUGGGCAGUCUCUUCGGCAACUUGACAAUUGCCUUUCUGCUGGAACGAAUGGGCAGAAAGUUUUGCAUCUACCUACUGGCAGGACCUUAUGCGUGUCUCUGGAUUCUCAUCUACUGCGCCUCGAAUGUGUACUACUUGUAUGUGGCUCGCUUUCUGUGCGGCUUCACUGGGGGCGCUGGCUACUUGGUGGUGCCCAUCUAUAUCAGUGAGGUGGCUGACAGCAGCAUUCGGGGGUCCUUGACUUCUAUGGUCAUGCUGUCCGUCAACUUGGGCGUACUUGUUGGCUAUAUACUUAGCACCUACCUGGCUUACCACAUCGUGCCGUUCCUGGCCAUCAUCUUGCCCAUAGCUUACUUUACAGCCAAUCUCUUUCUGCCCGAGACGGCGCCAUAUCUACUGAGACGAAGUCAAUUGAAUGCAGCUGAAACUUCCUUUAGAUACUAUCAAAAUCAGAAAAGGGGCAUGGAGCAGGUCUCCAAGGCGAACUUCGACGAACUGCGAUUGGCCAUAGACGCGCAGCAGGCACAGAGUCAUGCUGCCCUAACAUAUAGGGAUCUGAUCACCAAGACCGCCUUGAAGGCCUUCGCAGCUUCUAUCGUUCUCUCCACGGGCUAUCAGUUCAGUGGAAUCUUCAGUUUCAUCAACUAUAUGUCCACCAUAUUCGAGGCAUCGGGCUCUAUUCUGGAUGUCAACAUCUGCACCAUUAUCAUUGGCGUCGUGCAAAUUGUUGGCGUCUACACCUCGACCAUCCUCGUGGACAUUAUUGGACGUCGCAUCCUGAUCCUCAGCCAGCUGAUCAUGGCUAGCCACAGUUACAUGAAGGUGCUCCAAUAUGAUACGUCCAGCUUCGAUUGGGUGCCCAUUGCUGCGUUCUCUUUCAUGCUGUUCAUCGCCUCGUGGGGUCUGUUGACGCUGCCUUUCCUCGUCAUCUCUGAGAUACUGCCGCCCAAGAUACGCAGCACGGCCAUCAUGGUGCUUAUGUCCGUGCUUUGGCUGCUCUCCAUGCUGACCAUCAAGCUCAUUCCACUGCUGACCGCUGCAUGGGGCAUGCACGGGACUGUGCUCUUCUUCGCCUGCUGCACCCUCGCCGGGACCUUGUUCAUUGCCAUAUUUUUGCCAGAGACGAGGGGCAAGACAAUUGAAACUAUUUUGGCUAGUUUGUAGUUAAUUCAUUUUAGUUAAUUAUUAAUUGUUUUCUAUUUCUACUCGUCUUACAACAUUAAAUAUUAUAGGCAUCUUACACGAUCAAGUGCACUUAAACGAGUAUACAUUAUAUAAAUGCCAGACAAGUGGCGUCUUUGUCAUAAAAUUAGUCAAGCGCAACAAUCUGGCUAACUGUCUGCCCGUUGGCCAACAGCUUCCCCUUGAACUUAACUUCUGUGUUCGCGCCUGUCUGCGACUUACAAAUGCCCUCUUUGAUUAGAUUAAAAAGUUCUUGCUAGAGAAACUAUUUUUAUAACCUGAAGACAGCUUCAUUUAUUCUGUGCAGGUGCUCAGAAGAGAUUAACGAUUUUGAUUAUCUGUCUGGUAUUGUGAGAAAGAGCGAGAGAGAAAGACAGUGAUGGGAAAAAAUAAGAGGCAUAGAGAAUAAUCUAUAGAAAUGGGAAACGAAAGAGGGCGACAAACAAAUUAACAGAGAAAGGGAUAAAUAUAGAAAAAGAGAGAGCAGCGAUAAAGAGAAACAAACAGGGGAAUAGAAAGUGGGAGAAAUAGAGACAGAGAUAUAAGUAGUUAAAGAUUUAAAUGGAAAUAAAGUGAAAGAGAAUGAUUCAUAGAAUGAGCCAAGAACAUUAGCUUAACAUAAAUAUUAAUUUUAAAGUCUAC